GAUGUGGGCGCGGCUCUAAGGUACACCAGAGAGAGCCUGUACUGUGGUCGUUUGAAGAGGCGGAAUUGAGGUACCUUUUUCUUGACUAUCAUGUGAUGGCUUCUGGAUUUAAUGGGGGAAGAAGUGUGGAAAAGGCCAAGGAUCCAAACUGGCGAAUUUCCUGAUCUUCGAGCCCCUCUCCGCUCUCCAGACAGCGGAACUGCCGGGAUAUAUUUUCCUUUUUUCGACCCUGCAACAGCUUCUUUAAAUUGUUUAAAUGAGAAUGUCCUUGGCUCAGAGAGUACUACUCACCUGGCUUUUCACAUUACUCUUCUUGAUCAUGUUGGUGUUGAAACUGGAUGAGAAGGCACCUUGGAACUGGUUCCUCAUAUUUAUUCCAGUCUGGAUAUUUGAUACUAUCCUUCUUGUCAUGCUGAUUGUGAAAAUGGCUGGGCGAUGUAAGUCUGGCUUUGACCCUCGACAUGGAUCACACAAUAUUAAAAAAAAAGCCUGGUACCUCAUUGCAAUGUUACUUAAAUUAGCCUUCUGUCUUGCACUCUGUGCUAAACUGGAACAGUUUACUACCAUGAAUCUGUCCUAUGUCUUCAUUCCUUUAUGGGCCUUACUGGCUGGGGCUUUGAUAGAGCUUGGAUAUAACGUCUUUUUUGUAAGAGACUGACUUCUAAGGACAUGAGUUCAUUUUAUUGCUGUUCAGCAAACUAUUAUUAAAGUGUACUGAAUCUUUGCAAGCUUGAAGAAUGCCAGAGAACUGAGAAAAAUACCAAAUGUAAUUUUAUACUGCUUCCAUUAAAAUAGUCUUGGUGACUUCUAGUUGACCCAAAACCUAAUCAUUCAGUAUUUGAGUUAUUAAUACCCUUAUUGUUCUAUAUGAAUAAAGUUUGUUUGGGAUCUUA